AUGGAGUCUGCGGCUGGGGCCUCAAACGCCCUGGUGCGUAAGAGGACCGACACAGAUCUGAUGCCACCUCCGCCACCAGCAAAGAAGAUCAAGAGACCCAAGAAAGUGCUGGAUGAGGAUACGUACACAGAGGCGCUCUCACAGAUUAUCGCUAGAGAUUUCUUUCCGGGCCUUUUGGAGACGCAGAUUAAGCAGGAGUAUCUGGAUGCGAUGGAGUCGAAAGAUGCUGCCUGGAUAUCAAGCGCCAGCAGGAGACUUCGACACGUCAUGACUCCUGGUCGAAAGCCUACCAGAGCCUCUUCAUCAAUCAACGCCACAAACGGCAGCAACACUCCCACGAGUUAUGUUGGCGAUACACCAGCGUCCGUGGCAACAAGCGUCACGCAAGACAAACCGGGGCUGGACCUCAACCUGAGCUUGUCCACAUUUCAGGCCACCUACACUAGUGAAGACAAUGAGAGCUUCUACAAACUAAUCGACAAGCAGAACCAAAAGAGGGCCGAUAAGUACGCCUGGCUCUGGCGUGGAAAUAAGCUUCCUUCGAAGCAGAUGAUUAAACAGAAAGAGGUCACCGACAGGCUAGAACAGACGCGGAGUCUUGUUGACGAUGGAUUCAAGAGAGAUUUAUUGGCCAUCAGGGAUGUUGAAGAGCGGCCUGCAAGGCCAGACUCUUGGAAGGCAGCUCCACGGAAUGGCCUCAUGUUCGAGCCGGAGGGCCUCGAAGACGGAGUUAAGACGGUUGCCGAGAGCGCCGAAGAGCAGUCUCGCAUGGCGCCAAGGUCGAUAAGCUAUGAGAAUACGAGGAUGCCGCAGCCUCAUGUGCCACAGCGACCCCCAUCCCCAACCAUGUCGUCAGUACGCGAUGCCAUUGCGGGAAAGCCACGACAGCAAGACCUCGACUCCAGCAUUGUCGGCGGUGGUGAAACCCCACGAGUAAAUGGGUACGCCUUUGUGGACGACGAAGACGGUGACGACGACGCAUCUGCCAGGGUGCCUGCACCUAUCAACUUGGGACCCGGGGAUGCGACAAACCCCUUCAGGAUACAAGACCAGAGGGAGCGAGAGCUUCUUCACGAGCAAAUGGUGGAGCGAAUCUCCAAAUCAAAGAGCGAGUCUCAGCGAAGAGGAUUCACGGGCAAGGUCAGCCAGAUGGAGACACCGAGAUUCACCAGUGGCCCGAGAGUAUCAGGAGGCUUGACGCCAGCCGCACAACGACUAUGGAGCAAGAUGGCGACUCCGCUGAGAGGGAAAGCCGCCGAUUCCUUUGGACAAGCAACUCCAAGGAAACCCAAGGGCUCGCUCUUGAGGAGCGUCAGCAGAGUGCCCCCCAAAUCAGAUUAA